ACAUAUUACACAGACUACCGGCAGGUAUACAGCAUGGAGUACCAGAUGGUCUAUAAGUGCUGCCCAGGGUGGUACCAGCUCAGUAAUGACGAGGGCUGCCUUUACCCUGUCUGCAAUUACGGAGUCUGUUUCAAUGGAGGGAACUGCGCUGAAGGGUCAGCUCAGCUGUGUCACUGCCCCUCUGGCUUCCAGGGCCCCCGCUGUCAGUACGAUGUGAAUGAGUGUGAAGCUGAGAACGGGGGCUGUGAGUCUCAGUGCUGCAACACCAUUGGCAGCUUCUACUGCAAAUGUCCAGGCGGCCAGAAACUACGGGAUGAUGGGAAGGCCUGUGAAGAUGUUGAUGAGUGUCAGGUUCACAAUGGGGGCUGCCAGCACAGAUGUGUGAAUAGCCCAGGCUCUUACCACUGUGAGUGCAAGACUGGCUUCAGGCUCCAUACAGAUGGCAGGACCUGUAUCGCCAUUCGCUCCUGUACCGUCAACAAUGGUGGAUGUCAGCACGAGUGUGUCCAGCUCACGGCCACACAACAUCGGUGCCAGUGCCAGCCCCAUUACCAGCUUCAGGAGGAUGGCAAAAACUGCGUCUUGCGGAACCCAUGUGCAGACAGGAACGGGGGCUGCAUGCACAGAUGCCAAGCCCGCCGAGGGGUGGCCCACUGUGAGUGCCAUGCUGGGUAUCGACUGGCGGCUGACCAAAGGACGUGUGAAGAUGUGAAUGAGUGUGCCCUGGGCUUGGCCAUGUGCUCACACAGCUGCCUGAACACGCGCGGCUCCUUCAAAUGCAUCUGCAACCCAGGCUACGAGCUGGGAUCCGACAGCAAGCAGUGCUACCGGAUCGAGAUGGAGAUUGUGAACAGCUGUGAGGCCAACAAUGGAGGCUGCUCCCACGGCUGCAGUCACACCAGUGCUGGCCCCCUCUGCACCUGCCACCAGGGCUAUGAGCUGGACACAGACCAGAAAACCUGCAUCGAUAUUGACGACUGUGCGGGCAGCCCCUGCUGUGCCCAGGCCUGCACCAACAACCCAGGAGGCUACGAGUGUGGCUGCUAUGCUGGGUACCGACUGAACACGGAUGGCUGUGGGUGUGACGAUGUGGAUGAGUGUUUGUCCAGCAAUGGCGGGUGUGAGCACAUCUGUGAGAACCUCGUGGGCUCCUUCCAGUGCACCUGUGAGAUUGGUUACAAGCUGGAGGAUGAUCGGCGGAGCUGUACCCCCCUGGAUGACUCAGUUGAUGCCUUGGAUGGACAGCAGCCCUUUGUUCGGCCCAUUCCCCACAUUGCUGUGCUGCGUGAUGAGCUGACCCAGCUCUUUGAAGAAGAAUAUGAGGUGGGGGAUGAGGAGGAGAUGGAGGCCAGAGGAGAGCACACGCUGUCGGAGAAGUUUGUCUGUUUGGAUGACACCUUUGGCCAUGACUGCAGCCUGACGUGUGAUGACUGUAGGAAUGGGGGCACCUGUCGCCUUGAGCUAGACGGUUGUGACUGCCCCGAGGGUUGGACUGGUAUCAUCUGCAACCAAACUUGUCCCCCGGGCACCUUUGGGAAGAACUGCAGCUCUACUUGCAGUUGUCAAAAUGGCGGCACCUGUGAUGCCGUGACGGGCACCUGCCGCUGUCCUCCUGGUGUCGGUGGAGCGCACUGUGAGGAUGGUUGCCCCCAAGGAUUCUAUGGCAAACACUGCAGGAAGAAGUGCCAAUGUGCCAACCGAGGGCGAUGCCACCGCAUCUAUGGAGCCUGUCUAUGUGACUCUGGGCUAUAUGGACGCUACUGCCACUUGGCAUGUCCCAAGUGGGCCUAUGGGCCAGGCUGCUCCGAGGAAUGUCAGUGUGUCUGGCAGAACACUCGGGAGUGUGACAAGAAAGAUGGCAGCUGCUCGUGCAAGGCAGGCUACUGGGGCGAGAGAUGUCAGCAUGAAUGCGAGCCUGGCUCCUUUGGCCCUGGCUGUCAGCAGACCUGUGCCUGCCCCCCGGGCGUGGCCUGCAGUCCCCUGAGUGGCGAGUGUCAGCAGCGGUGCCCAGAGGGCUACCAGGGCGAGAACUGCGACCAAGAAUGUCCCCCAGGAAAAUUCGGCAGUAAUUGUUUUGGAUCCUGUUCCUGUGGAGGGGCCCCCUGUGACCGGUCCACAGGACAGUGUUUGUGUCCUGCAGGGAGGACUGGGGACGAGUGCAGCAAAGAUUGUCCCGAUGGACGCUGGGGCCCGGGAUGUCAGGAGAUCUGCCCUGCCUGUGACAAUAGCGCUGGCUGUGACCCUGUGACUGGAGCCUGCCUGUGCCUCCCUGGAUACAGCGGCAGCCACUGCCAGGACCUGUGCCCAGCAGGCUGGUUUGGGCAAGGCUGCCAGCUCAGGUGCUCCUGUGCCAAUGAUGGGCACUGCCACCCGGUGACUGGGCGCUGCAGCUGUGCCCCUGGGUGGACAGGCAUCAACUGUAGAAGAGCCUGUGACGUGGGUCGCUGGGGCCCAGACUGCAGCCACUUCUGCAACUGUAGCUACAGCCAUGGGAGCUGCGACCCAGUGAGUGGACAGUGCAUCUGUGAGGCCGGCUACACGGGCCUGCGCUGUGACCAGAAGUGUCCCCAGGGCUGGUUUGGGCUGAGCUGCAGCCGGCGGUGUCAGUGUGACAAUGAAGCAGCCUGUGACCACGUCAGCGGAGCCUGUACCUGUGGGGCCGGCUGGAGGGGAACCUUCUGUGAGCGGGAGUGCCCUGCUGGCUUUUUUGGCCUGGAGUGCCGGGGUGCUUGCCAGUGUGCCAACGGGGCUCCCUGUGAUCACGUGAGCGGCAGCUGCCUCUGCCCCGCCGGCUGGAUCGGCCCCAGCUGCAACCAGACCUGCCCAGCUCACACCUAUGGGGAGAAUUGCAGCCUCUCCUGCAGCUGCUUCCACAGGGCCUCCUGCGACCCAGUCAGUGGGCAGUGCCAGUGUGCCCCUGGCUGGAUGGGGCCCACCUGCCAACAAGCUUGUCCGUCGGGGCUGUAUGGAUUGAAUUGUCACCAGCAUUGCCUUUGUCGGAAUGGUGGCACCUGUGACCCCGUCUCAGGCCAUUGCUUGUGUCCAGAGGGGUGGAUCGGUCUGGCCUGUGAGCAAGAAUGCCUCCCUGGGAAGUUCGGGGCUGACUGUCAGCAGAGCUGCGACUGCUUGAAUGGAGGCCGCUGCGACCGGCGCACGGGGGAGUGCACCUGCCAGGCUGGUUGGACUGGAGACCAGUGUCAGAGCCCCUGUCCGGAGGGCACAUUCGGGCUGCGCUGUGCUGAGCAGUGCGACUGUCGCCAUGGAGUACCAGCCUGCCAUGCGGUCACGGGCACCUGCCUCUGUCCCCCGGGCUGGCGGGGCCAGAGAUGCGAGAAAGCCUGCCUACCAGGCUGGUUUGGAGAGGCCUGUGCCCAGCGCUGUACUUGUGCUCCUGGCAUCGCCUGUAACCACAUCACCGGAGAGUGCGGCUGUCCCCUCGGCUUCACCGGCCUCGGCUGUGAGCAAUCCUGUCGGCCCGGGACCUUUGGUGUGAACUGUGGCCAGGUGUGCAAAUGCUCCAAUGAGAACCAGGACUGCCACCCGGUGACAGGGGAGUGCGUGUGUGCUGCUGGCUUCUACGGUAGCGGCUGCCGACUCCGAUGCCCCCCUGGACGCUACGGCCCCAGCUGUGAGCGCCCGUGCACAUGUCAGAACGGGGGAUCCUGCGAUGCCAGCACGGGCACCUGCCGCUGUCCUCCAGGAUACGUUGGUGCGGACUGUGGCCUGGUCUGCCCAGAUGGGAGAUAUGGCCUAGACUGUGCCCGCAUGUGCUCCUGUGGGGAGGGAGCGACCUGCGACCCCGUGAGAGGCACCUGUAUCUGCCCAGUUGGGAGAACUGGCCCCCACUGUGAACAAGGUUGCCCCAAGGAUCGAUUCGGCUUGGGCUGUGAGCUGGUGUGUCCCUGUAGGAACGGAGGUCUUUGUCAUCCCACCAACGGCUCCUGCUCCUGUGGCCUGGGCUGGAUGGGAAAGCACUGUGAACUAGCCUGCCCACCUGGGACGUACGGUGCUGACUGCCGCCUGGAAUGCACCUGUCUCAACAAUGGGACGUGUGAUCGAGUGACUGGUGCCUGUCAGUGUCCCCCGGGCCAUUUUGGCCAAGCCUGUGAACACACAUGUCCCCCUGGGUUCCAUGGGGCUGGCUGCCAGGAAGUUUGUGACUGUCACCAAGGAGCCCUGUGCCACCCACUCACUGGCCAAUGUCUAUGCCCCGCCGGUUUCCAGGGUCAGUUUUGUGAGAAAGCAUGUGAGCCAGGGGUGUUUGGAGCCGGCUGCCGCCAGGCUUGUGACUGUGAAGGGAAUGUGCCUUGUGAUCCAGCCACCGGCCAGUGCCUCUGUCCACCGGGGAGGAUGGGAGCCAAGUGUGACCUGGAAUGCAGAGGAAACCGCUUCGGCCCCGGCUGCACCCUGAGCUGCGGCUGUGAGGGCAGUUCUCACUGUAAUGCCCUCAAUGGCCAGUGUGUCUGCAUGGAAGGCUACAUCGGGCCCACGUGUCGGGAAGGUGGCCCUCCACAGCUCCCGACCAGCAAGUCCCAAGUCUUUGACCCAGUGGCUUCCCGUCCUUCAUCCUACAGAUCACCUCCCAGGUUCAGCCCCCAGCCAGCAAAACAUUAGCCCCCAACCUCUGUCUUCUGUUCCUACCCACCCUUCUUUGUCUCGCCCUGCCCAUCCUUGCAGUGUUACUGUAUGCGAGUGACUGAAAAUACUUGGGAUACUACCAGUCGACUGGUUCCAUCUCAGCCAUCGGGGUUUUUUGAACCAGAGGUCUCUCUGAUGCUGCUGGGGAGGCCAUGGUGACUACAUGCUAUAUAACUCGCCAGUCCUGGGGUCUCAAUUCCCCACCAAAAAGCCUGAGGAUGGACCGACAGCCUCUCAGGUUCAGGCCAAGGAGAGAUGGCCAUCCAAAGAUCCAUCUUAAGCUGCCUGUGUCGGGCUGGACAGGAGGAUCCCGAAGGCACUGACUCAACCAGAACAAUUGUGUUCUAAGGAACACCCAUUAAUUCCCAGUGGCCACAGCCCAUGAAGGGUACUCCAGGAUGCUCCAGAACAAGAUGGCCUCUGGGCUUGGCUUGUUUAUUUCUAGCUCUUCCCUGCAAUCUCCUGGCGGGCUUCAUCUGGUGCUAACCAAUGGGACCGAUGGCUGCUGGCCUGCCUGCCCCAGCCCCACCCUGUCCUGUCCUGGGGGCGGUUCCCUGUUUACCUGGAAAUAUAGUCCAAUAUGUAUUUAUGUACAGAUAUUUAUGGGCAGCUGUACAAAUCAGGUCCUGGGGGUGGGGGGAAGCCCUGGUGCUCCUGAGAGGCACCGGAGGGCAGGUGUACAGUCCCAGACAGUCGCCUCUUUGCUUCUCUGUGCUGAAGGCGCCCCCCACUCCAUCCUGGGGAGGGGAUCGAGUCUUCUGUUUCCAGCUGAGUGGGCACAACCGACGUGUCCUCCCUUUAUAUAUCGACCAGCCAUCCAAUGUGUACUGUAAGGGUUCCAAUAGCCCCCGGUCCAUGGCCAAGGGGGCCCAGCACUGUG